ACGUCCAUUUCACUACGCAGACAAAAACCUUGAGUUCCGCUUAGUAGCGGCAGCAGCUGCAUCAGCUGCAUAGCCUUGUUCACCGGCCGUAACGACGUCACACCAACAUGGCGGCACACAUGGCACGACGGUCUUAUUUAUUUUGUCGUAGAGCAGGAACAACCGUGAACACACUGUGGGUGAAACCAAAGACUGUUGUAGUGAGAGACAUUAACAGCACUCUACGGCCGACUGUUAGUUAUGGGACCCGAGAAACAGACACCACCACACAGGACGUUCAAGUGCACAUUCCAGUGGACCGUCUGACAGUGUCUUACAGCAGAAGCAGUGGUCCCGGUGGACAGCAUGUCAAUAAAGUCAGCACUAAAGCAGAGGUCCGAUUCCAUGUGCAAACCGCAGACUGGAUCCCAGAAGAUGUUCGACAGAAAAUCUUUGAAAAGAACAAAAACCGCAUCAAUAAGGCCGGAGAGCUGCUGGUGACCUCGGAGCUGAGCAGGAGUCAGCGGAGAAACCUUUCAGACUGCAUACAGAAGAUUUCUGCCAUCAUAGCUGAAGCCAGCAAGAAGCCGCAUGAGCCUACAGCAGAAGACCUAGCUCUUAGGGCGGCCAGGUUAGAGAGGAAGAACAAGGAGCGACUCAAACAGAAGAAGAUCCAUGCAGCAACUAAGCAGAGCAGAAGAGUGGAUUUUGAGUGACUGUUUUGUUUCUACCUCCCAUGAUUGUUUUGUUAAUAAUUACAUAUAAAUUAUAUAUCCAAUGUUUUGUCAUUAAUUUUGUGUAAAAUAAAGUAAGCAGAAUUUUAUUUUUUUA